AUCAAAUCCUACAACGAACCAUGCAAUUUAAUUAAAAAUUCACCGUUGUUAAAGAAAAAAAAAAGAUUAGAAAUAUAUUCUGUAAAAAAUUAAUUAAAUUUUGUAAAUGCCUCCUAGUAUUGCAUUGAUAGGUGGUACAUUUUUAUUCGUACAGAUGCCAUCACAAAUUGCUGAUUUUCUCAUAGAUCCCAUUAUCAGAUCUUGACCAAAUUUAUAUGGAAUCACCCCUGAGGUCCCCUCGUUCUAAUUUUUAGCGGAUUAGCGGUUUUUUGCAAUUUACCCAAAAUUUUGGAGGUGUAUGGGUUAAACCGACCUUAAAUUCGGAUUCAGCUCAUCGAAAUACAUAACCUUAGAUAUUGCCUUACUACUAUUGAAUCCAGGAACAUUGAAGUGUAUAUUCUCUGUAAUGAAAAUGAUUCAUUUGAAGAAAUGUCUAGGCUAAUUAAUACAAUACUGUGUCUAAUUUCAGUGUUUUUCAUUAUUUUGACUGUGUUCGUUUAUUUUUUGAUUCCGGAACCAUUCGAAUUACAAGAAAUUAUUUUAAUACAUUCGAUAUCUGGAUUGGCUCUCGGUUACAUUUCGAUGGCAAUAAUCAACCUUGCUGGUUAUCUACCUGCCGGAUUUUGCCAUGGUUUGGCCUAUUUAAUGUACGUUUCCUUCUUGUACAGUUUCUUCUGGUUGAAUAUUUUAUGUUUCCACAUUUGGAAGAACGUUAUGCAUUUCGAAUCUUUGGAAAGGAUAAAAUAUUGGAAAAUAAUUUAUCAUAUCUAUGGCAUUUGUUCGCCAUUUUUGGCUUUAUGUUGGGUAAUACUUUUAAAUCACGCACAACCUGAAGGAUUAGAUAACAUUCAUCCGGGCAUUGGCGGUUCCAUUUGUUGGUUCCAAUCAUUAAGAGAAACUGCGAUAUUUUUCUAUGGACCAAUUACGGUAUUGCUGAUACUUAAUAUAGUUUUUUUCGUUUGGACGGCCGCCGAACUUUGGCAAAGAUCCAAAAACUGUCCUAAAACAAAGGUCCUUAAAUACAGGUUAAGACUGUACAUGAAAUUAUUCUUUAUAAUGGGUAUCACAUGGAUUCUAGAAAUUGUCUCGGCAGCUUUUCAUGAUAGUAAGAUACGAUGGAUUUGGAUCAUAACUGACAUCUUUAAUGCCCUACAAGGUUUCGUCAUUUUUCUAAUACUCGUGGUCUUUAGAAAAAAAAUCAAACGAUCUUUAGCAAGUAGAAAAUUCUACAAAUUGCAAUUCCCGGUAUAUUGGAAAAACGACAAAGACAGCGAAUGUGAAGAGUUAGAAGAAGAAUUCAGUUUAAGUUACGCGCAUCCAGCUAAAAUUAAUAUUUAAAUUAAAAAAAUUUGAAUAGCGGUACUAAAACUAUAAGCAACUAUUUUUUUUUUAAUUUCGGGUGUCUAAGGAGAUGACAAAAUUAUAUGCUAGUCCCGAUCAAGAAUGUACAAAAACUAUGUUGAAUAACUCAAUGCAAUGUUAUUGCAUUUUAAUAAAAAAAAAAAACAAUAUAAUUGAGAUCACAUAGCAAUCGAAACAAUCAAAAAUUUCGUAACAAAAAUCGCAUGUUGUAGAUGCGAUAGUUGAUAUCAUUAUUUUACACAAUAACUCAUUCAUUACUAAUCAAGUUUAUUUACAACAAUAGUUUCUUUAAUAUAAACAACGUAUAUUUCCUAUGGAAAUAAAAGUGUAUGAAUGUUAUUCAAGAGACUGUAAAAAGUUGUUUUGAUUAAAAAUUUAAAAAGACGUUUAUAUUUUAUCUACAUCAAAUAAUAAAUCAACAUUGUAAUUUUUGUUCAAUGUGACAAAAAAUUUCAAUUUAAAAUGUAUAUUAUUAACAAAUUUGUCUAGUCAUAACAAUAAUUUCUAAUCCAUUAUUAAAAUUUAUAUAAAUGUUUGUGUUUCAUUUUACUAAGACUGUUAAAAAAAACAUGUAA